GGCCCUAAGAUUCGUUAGAGCGGUGACUCUUAUACCAAUGUUUCAAUACCACCCAAUACCCCGUCAUAUAUUACAAUCCAAUCUCUCCCCAUUUUUGUCCCAAAAAAAAAAAAAAAUGACAGAGCCAACGAUGUCAUUGAAGACGCUACAAGGCAAAGUAGCCAUAGUCACCGGCGGCGCAAGUGGCAUUGGCGAGGGCACCGCCCAUCUCUUCGCCCAACACGGCGCACGUGCGGUGGUCAUCGCCGACGUCCAAGACGAAAAGGGCCGCCUCGUCGCCGAAGUGAUCGGCUUAGACCGAUGCAGCUACUACCACUGCGAUGUCGCCGAUGAAAAGCAAGUGAAAGCCAUGGUGGACUGGACCGUGCAGACUUUCGGGCAGCUCGACAUCAUGUUCAGCAACGCAGGAAUCGCGAGCAGCUCCGAUCAGUUGCUCCUCGACCUCGACUUCUCGCAAUUUGACCGACUGUUUGCGAUCAAUGUGCGCGGCAUGACUGCAUGCGUGAAGCACGCGGCGCGUGUGAUGGUGGAGCUGCGCGUGAGGGGGAGCAUUGUAUGCACGGCGAGUGUGGCAGGUAGUAGGGGAGGAAACAAGUUGACAGAUUACGUGAUGUCAAAGCACGCGGUGAUCGCGCUGGUGAGGUCGGCUAGCCAGCAGCUCGGACAGCAUGGGAUUAGAGUCAACAGUGUGUCGCCGUUUGGGGUUGCGACGCCGUUAACUUGUGCAAUGCUUGGAAAGGAAGAGGAAGAAGUUGAGAAAGAAUACGAGGGUUGCACUCCGUUAAAAGGGAUUGUGCUCAAAGUUAAACACGUGGCAGAUGCUGUGCUGUUCUUGGUCUCCGAUGAAUCUGGGUUCAUCUCCGGUCAUGAUAUGGUCAUAGAUGGCGGGUUCUUAGCUUGAUUGAUGCUGUCACAUUCAAUUUUCAUGAUUACGGCAAGUUUGGAACUUUCGGUUUUAAUGGAUCAGAUAUCAAGGGAUGCUUUUCGUUUAAUA